UGUGUCUCACUUAGCUCUCCGCGCACAUGGAAAUACACCGAAAUGCGUGUCCCUGGCAUUGCCAGCUGAUUUUAUCGUCGACAAACGUUAAUCUGUGGCCGUUCAUGUUGUUGUGCGCACACAGCGCCGCCAACGAGAAUCUCUACUCAAAUUCCAUAUGUGCAGUAAUUUUGGAAUUAUCGAGAUACAAGACCUUACAAGGCGAUCCAGGGCCGUCUCAAAGCAUUCGCUACUCGAGUUACAAGUGAGAAUUUUAUUUUUAUUUGAAUUAUUACUGAAAAUCGAUAAAAACUCGAUAAUGUGCAGACUCAAUAUUUGACGAAGGAUUCGCUGAAAGAUACCCUACAAGAGCUUAUUGAAAGAAAGAAAUGGAUUCUUCGUGUGUGAUUGUCCCUUACGCUAACAAUCCUCGCCGACUUCGGUAUAAGACACGAAAAAGGCAACUGCCUCCCACCUUCGCUCGGACGCGCGCACUUUCUUCCUCGAAACGCGCGAAACGGUAGCUCCUUGCGUUUCCGCCGCGCAAUUUCGCGCGUCGCUUUCUCGAAAGUUGCGCCUAAGAGUAGGAAAAAAAAGUGAAAGAGAGAAAGGAAGAGAGGCCGCACUCCGUAUAUUGCGAAACGUGUAUACGUGUGGAACGUGCGGAACGCGUUCGCAAAUUUCACCACGUGAAACGACUCAGAUUCUCAUCGCAGACUGUCAUCCACGGUGAAAUGAAGGAAAUAUCGAGUGAUGAUGAAGCCCACAUGACAACGGAUGAACUGAUAAAAACUCACGGUUACAUCGCCGAAACCCAUAAUGUUUGGACGGAGGAUGACUAUCGUUUGCGCGUACAUCGCGUGCUUCCUUCUGACGAUCGGAUACCGCCCGUGUCAUUAGAUGAUCACACUAACGAUUGGAAUGUUGCCGAUAUAUAUGAUAGUAAUCACAAUUCGUCAGUUUCUCCCGAGUCGUGUCACCAGACCUCAGAAACUCCUUGUGCAUUCACAUCCUCGAAAGUACCAGUUUUGUUAUUUCAUGGACUCUUAUCCAGUUCCGCAGACUGGGUGCUAUUGGGAUCUCAUAAUGCUCUUGCAUACGUUCUGUGCGAUAAUGGUUUCGACGUUUGGCUCGGAAACGCACGUGGGAAUAGUUACUCAAGAAACCACAAGUAUUACUCAGUUAAAGACAGCGAAUUUUGGAAUUUCAGUUGGCAUGAGAUAGGAUACUACGAUAUUCCAGCGUUGAUAGAUUAUAUCUUGAAUAAAACUGGCCACACCAAAUUGUAUUAUAUCGGUUACAGUCAAGGUACAACCGCAUUCUACGUUAUGGGAAGUGAGAGACCUGAGUACAAUGACAAAGUCAAAAGCAUGAUAAGUUUGGCGCCUAUAGCGUACCUGGCAAAUCAAAAGAGCCCGCUUUUAAAAUGCCUCGUGUAUUUUUACCGUUUAAUGGAGUGGGGAUCCGUCGUUUGCAACGUACAUCAGUGUUUCCCGCGUAACAAAUGGUGGCAGACACGUUUAUUAAGCUCAUUCGUACGUACAGCUCCUCGUGCAAUGACAAAGGGUUUCUGUUAUUGUUGGUUUCAUCUUAUCGCUGGAUUUGGCAGCGAUCAACUUGAUAAGUUAAUACUGCCUUCGAUAUUCGGGCAUUUUCCAGCUGGUGCUUCGACCAAACAAGUAUUCCAUUAUGCUCAACUAAUCACCUCCAAAUCUUUUCAGAAAUACGAUCAUGGCGCCGAACUGAAUAAGGCGUUGUAUGGAUCUAUUAAGCCACCAGAAUAUAAUCUUAGUAAAGUAAAGACACCUGUAACAAUAUUUUACAGCGAUAAUGACUUUCUCACUCAUACCACUGAUGUUCUAAAACUGGCGAAAAAGUUACCAAAUGUUAAGCAAGUCAAGAAAAUACAAUAUGACAAAUUCAAUCAUAUUGAUUAUCUCUGGGGCCGUGAUGCGAAAACACUCCUGUAUAUUAAUAUCGUGAAAAUAUUGAAAAAACUUUAAUAUUUAUUUUAAAAAAUGAUUUUAAAAAAUAAUUUUAAGAAAUAAUUAGCUUUUGUUAACAUAAUAUGUACUUGCAUGCAUUAUAUACAGGGAUUGAUUCAAGAA